UGACAUUGGCAGAUUAAAGCUCUCUGGUGGGGAAGGGCUUAAAGGCUGAGUCAAAAGCCAAGAAGUCUCUUUAUUUACGCCUACCUCCCAGCCCCUGGCAAUCUGACUAAUAACAAACUGAGCUAACAAGAAAGACUAGAAAGAACAGAGAGAACACAGGAGCAGCUUGCAUCUAAAAAUCUGACAAACCAAGUGAUCAAGUCAAGCUCUGCUGAGCAUCUUGUUUGUUUACUGCAUCCAAAUGCUUGCAAACAGUUAACUAUAUGCAGAAAAGUCAGCCUAGCUGUGAAGUAUGCUGUGAAUUUUAAUUGAGGAAAAAGGACAACUGCUUACAGGAUGGUCUGACGUGCAUGGCUGCCUGAAAGAUUUUUUCAAUCGAAUGCUUUGUACUUUGUCUUCUGAACAAGGAUUUUAACUUCAUGGAGCUGUAGUAUUACUGGAGCUUGCAGCAAAGGAAACUCAGAAGGAAGUGUGCGUUUUUCAGAGGGAAAAAUUAUAUUACAUGGAAACAGCUGCUCCAACUGUGCAUUCCUGAGUGUACCAGGGAGUGUUGCUGCUGUACAGAAUCUGCUGGACAAGAUGAAGCUUUGGAUUUUUGUUCUGUGCUCAAUUGUGGUUGCAUCUGAUCCUUUCCAGUCACAGCCUUCUUUUUCUUCAGUCAGAGGAUCUUGUCAGAGUUUGUGUUCCUGUGAAGAAAAGGAUGACACCUUGAUUAUCAACUGUGACAAAAGAGACAUCAAGAUGAUCUCAGAAAUAAAUGUCCCACCAUCACGGCCUUUCCAUCUUAAUCUGUUAAACAAUGGUCUGAGUAUGUUACACGUGAAUGAUUUUGCUGGCCUUGUUAAUGCUAUUUCUCUGCAUCUUGGUUUUAACAAUAUAGCAGAUAUUGAGCCUGGGGCUUUCAAUGGUCUCAGCCUUCUUAAGCAACUUCAUAUCAAUCACAAUUCUUUGGAAACACUUAAAGAAGAUACAUUUAAUGGAUUGGAAAAUUUGGAGUUUCUUCAAGCAGACAACAAUUUCAUCACAGUGAUUGAAGCAAGUGCCUUUAGCAAGCUCAACAGGCUUAAAGUGCUUAUUUUGAAUGAUAAUGCCAUCGAGUAUCUUCCUCCAAACAUAUUUCGUUUUGUGCCAUUGACCCAUUUAGAUCUGCGUGGAAACCAGUUACAGACACUGCCCUAUGUUGGUUUUUUGGAACACAUUGGAAGAAUAUUAGACCUUCAGUUGGAAGACAACAAAUGGGCCUGUAACUGUGAUUUGUUGCAGCUGAAGAUAUGGCUAGAAAACAUGCCUCCUCAGUCCAUAAUAGGUGAUGUUGUAUGCAAUAGUCCUUCAGUUAUCAAAGGCAGCAUAUUAAGCCGGCUGAAAAAAGAAUCACUUUGUCCCACCCAUCCUGUUAAUGAACUUGAAGAUCCUUCAGGGUCACUGCCCUUGGUUGUGACCACCUCUAUCAAUGAUAAUCAUCUGUCAACUAAGGUGAUUCCUCUCAUGAAAGCUCCUACUAAAGAACCAAGUUUAGCUCUUCAUACUUCCAAGCCUACUACGUUUCCAGGAAUCUCUUGCCCUGUCCCUUGUCACUGCACCAGCCAUAUGCUCUCAGGAGUUCUUAUGCACUGCCAGGAGCGAAAUAUUGAAAGCUUGUCUGAUUUAGGACCCCCUCCUCCAAAUCCUAAAAAGCUUAUCCUAGCUGGAAACAUUAUCCAGACGCUAUUGAAAUCAGAUCUUGUGGACUAUGCCAGCCUGGAAAUGCUUCACCUGGGGAACAAUCGCAUUGAAAUCCUUGAGGAAGGUUCUUUUAUUAAUCUGACCAGACUACAGAAACUAUAUCUCAAUGGCAAUCAUCUUACAAAGCUAAGUCAAAAUCUCUUCCUUGGCCUUCAGCACCUUGAGUACUUGUACCUUGAAUAUAAUGCCAUCAAAGAAGUUUUGCCAGGGACAUUUAAUGUAAUGCCAAAACUGAAAGUUCUCUACCUAAAUAACAACCUUCUGCAGGCUUUGCCACCCCAUAUUUUUUCAGGUGUUCCCCUUACCAGACUAAAUCUGAAAACAAACCAAUUUGCUCAUUUGCCUGUGAGCAAUGUCUUGGAUGAACUGGAUAUGCUAGUACAAAUUGAACUUGAAGACAACCCUUGGGACUGUACUUGUGAUUCAGUUGGACUGCAAAAAUGGAUACAAAAAUUGAGUAAGAAUACCAUGAUGGGUGAUAUUUUUUGUAAAUCUCCCGGGCAUUUAGCAAAAAAAGAAUUGAAAUCCCUAAACAGUGAAGUCUUGUGUCCAGAUUUAAUAAACAGCCCCGCCCUACCAACCCAUGCCAGUUUUGUAGUUGUGACAACUUCUUCUCCUACUGCCAACACCGCAGACACCAUCCUGCGGUCCCUUACAGAUGCUGUCCCACUUUCUGUUCUAAUAUUAGGACUGCUCAUUGUGUUUAUAACUAUUGUAUUUUGUGCAGCAGGAAUAGUUGUUCUUGUCCUGCACCGGCGCCGGAGGUGCAAAAAGAAACAAGUGGAUGAACAAGUGAGGGAUAGCAGCCCUGUUCACCUUCAGUACAGCAUGUAUGGGCAUAAGACAACACACCACACCACGGAGCACCCAGCUGCGACUCUCUAUGAGCAACGAAUAGUUACCCCCAUGGUUCAGGUAUACCACAGCCCAUCCUUCAGUCCCAAGCACACCGAGCAGCAGCAGGAGGAGGGAAGUGAAAAGGAAGCUAAUGAUUCCAAAUACCUUCGCCGAAGUCUCCUGGAAAGAGAGAAUAGUUCCCCACUUACAGGUCCAAAUGUCAAAUACAAGACUACAGACCAAUCGGCUGAAUUUCUGUCUUUUCAGGAUGCUAGUUGUUUGUAUAGAAACAUUCUUGAAAAAGAGAGAGAGCUGCAGCAACUAGGGAUCACAGAAUACCUAAGAAAAAAUAUUGUGCAGCUCCAGCCUGACAUGGAAGUUCGUUAUCCUGGAACACAUGAAGAGUUGAAGUUAAUGGAGACACUCAUGUACUCCAGGCCAAGAAAGGUUUUUCUGGAACAAACUAAAAAUGAGUAUUUUGAGCUCAAGGCUAAUUUGCAUGCUGAACCUGACUAUCUGGAAGUCCUGGAGCAGCAAACGUGAAGUGAUAAUACAUUGGGCCAGGGCUGAAUUUCUGUGAUUUUGCUGUAAGGUGGAAUCAUUGUACAUAAAAGUGCCUUAUAAAAAUAUGUCAACAGUCAGAACUUAAGCACAGCAGUAAUCCUAGCAAAGAAAAACUCAGGGAUCACUGUGGGAAGCCAUGGGGUUGUGAGCCGGCAAUAUGUCACACCCCACGUAAAGCAAGAAUUUAGUGUGAUUGAACUGUGGGAGGAAGAUUGCUUAAUGCACUAUUCCUCAUCAUUUUGAAAAGGUGUGUAUGCCAUUCUCUGUUCUCUUCUCUGUUUGCCAGCCUGUGGAAAAAAAAGUUCAUUAUCUUUACCUUUUCUUUUUUUCCCUCCAUUUAAUUAGAUUACUUAAAAAAAAACCCAAAAAGAUCAAAAAAAAAGAAAACUCCAACACCUGUGUUUAUAUUUAUAACCUUAGAGUGUAUAUGUUAGGUUAGUACAUGCACUGCAUACACGGCCACUGUCUACAACUACACCUUACAUACCUUUAUAAUAAAUAUGAAAGGAGUUGAAAAGUUGUCAUACUACAUGCCAGUUAAAAAGGAAAACGGAUAAAAUACUUUUGUGUAUUCACCCAGAGCCUGCAAAUAUUUAAGUAUUCUACACAGAACUUUGUGUGAAUUCUGUAUCAAUAUGUGGAAGGAAAAAUAUGUAUCUAUGUUUACCCAACAUCUUCAACAAAGAAAACUGCAAGCCUUUUGCUACUUUCCCUAUCUGAUAGCUUUACCUAAGUUUGGACAAUCUUUUCUCAAGCUGCUGCUAUAAGAUAUUGUGCAUCACUGGUGUUUUGACUCAUAAUCCUGGGUAAUUUGAAAAGCUACUGAGAAUCAGCUGUAAAUAUGUUACUGUGUUUAAUAAGUUUGAUUUAUAUAUAUAUAUAUAUAUACAUAUGUAUAUAAAUAACUUCUGUGCUGGCUUUAAAUAUUCUUGAAGGAAAUGAGUUUGCUGUGGCUAGGAAUUUCCAAGUGCAUAUACAGGUCCUUUUCCACCCUAACCAAAAGCAACACUCAGACAGAAUAACUGCAAAAACACACACAUGAGGAAGAAUAAUAGUAUUUAGCUAUUUGUACAAAAAUAUAUUUUCUGAAAUUAGAAGAAAAUAAAGUGUUGUGGGAAAAAUAGGUUACAGACACAUAGAACACUGCAGGUUUAUUUUUGCAAUGAAUUCUCGCUAGAUUUAUAUUUACUAUUUAUUCUGUAUAAUUUUGUAUUUUUUUCUUUCCAACUCACAAGAAAAGAAAAAGCUUAUUCCUGGCUAAUUUUCAAUCUAAUCAAGGAACUGCUCUCUAUUAAUGAAAAAUAAAUAAAGAGUUUUUUAAAUGUCUUUUUCUUAAAGGUCACUUUUUAAAGAAGGCAGCAACUUCUGCAUGCACAAGUUUAAAACUACUUGGGAAUUAAACACAAUGAUUCUCACUCUUGCCAUGUGGACAGAAGCAACUUAUCCUGAGUUCGCUAAGGUCAUUCAAUUUCUGUGCAUGACUGAUGUGGUGCCAAAACACAAUUUCUGACCUGCAUUUAUCUUCCUCCAAGCAAAUAUUUUGUAAACUGACUAUGCAUGAGGUUUUUGGGUUUUUUUUCUAAUUCCUAUUUGUACAGUGAAAAAUCAGUUUAAUUACUACAUGUAUAGAUAUGUAUGACAAAUUUAGCAUUGAAAUCUUGUUAAACACAAAGUAAAAAGAUAUAUUCUUUAGUUCAAAGUACUGUCCAUGUCUUAACUAUUUGUAUAUACAAAUUAGAGUUCUUCAUAUUCUUCUACAUAAGUUUUUGACAGAAAAAUUUCCUAUAUUACAUAUGAAAGUCAGAUUCUCAGUUCUUUCAAAGUUGCAUAGACAUAACAACUUUUAUGGUGCUAUACUAAUUUCUGCAGUCUGAGGAUCUGACCAUCUUUUGUCUCUGUUAACAAAUCAACUUCCUUAUUAAUAUUUUUGAGGUGUAACCAGUUUGUUAUGGAAGUAAAACUUGGUUUUCAUAAAUCAAAAUUUCAGUUAUUACAGAAGAAGUAUUAUUCCUUCUUUCUAUAUCUGAGAAUAAUUUAAUCAGAAAACCUGUCUAUUUUGGAAGAUUAUAAAGAGUAAAUGUAGCGACAACAUAUUUAUUUCAUUGCUGUCUUUAUUCCAAACUAUGAAAGACAAUAUUGACUAUUGCUUGUGCAGGUAAGAGUGAGAAAAAAGGGAAAAUGUACUUGCAUUAAAUUAGUUUUAUGAUGUUAUUUUAGAUGUACUUGCAUAUUCAAGCGCAUGUAAAUGUGCUUUAUGAACAUGCCAUAGAACCUAUGGAAACUCAUGCCUGGAUCUGGAGGAGCAACUGGGGGACAGAUGGGAUGGCUUAGAGCAUCAAAAUGACCCUAGAUAUUUCCAUUUAAAGAAUUUAGUUCCACACAGGAAAAAAAUUCAAAUAAAGUUAUUAUAUAGAAUAUUUAAAUGCAGUUAAAAACUGAAUUUAUUUAAUAGAAAAAGAAAGCUUUGACUGCUGAAUCAGACCCAUUAAAUUGUUUUUUCAGAUUCUCAGAGAUCUCAAAUUAGUGUAAGGGAAAAAAAUCAGAAUACGAAUAUACAUGGUACUUGAAAACAGAGUUUAUUAUUUCAGUGUCAAUGAUUUCAGUAGUUAUUUCCAAAAAGAAAAAGUGUGUAAAAAUAACACCUUGCAAUUGGCAAGACAAGGGGAAAUGGUGAUUCAAGCCCUCCGGCUCAAAUUUAAGAGAAAUAGCUUCGAACUAAAGACAAUUGCCACAUGCACAGAUGUCACUUUGCUUAGUUGCUAACAGUUACUUGGCAGAAUGUUGAGGACAACAGUGUGGCAAACAUUCUUUUUCCUUGCAGCCUCAGAGCAUCAGAAGGAAGAGUGAGCUAAAUUAGUGUCAAAGGAAGUCAGUGACACAGCUGUAUCGGAGCCUCGCUCAGCAGGAUUAAAGAGACCUUUACCAUUUAGCUUUCCUUCAGAAGGGAGAGUCAUGCCUUUCACUUUAUAAGGACAACUGUGCUCUGUGGUAGUCUCUAUAACACCACAAGUGGUUUGGCAGUAUCCAGAAAUCUCCAGGAUGUGUCUUGCUGUCCACUUUCCCAUCAUCACAUUGCCUACUGGGCUGCCAUGUAGUGAGCUUUUAUAAUGAGAAGAGAGGGGUCUGCCUUACAUUCAGAUAGUGAUUUUUCAACUAUGAGGAAAAUUUACAUUGCCAAAACAAAAAAGAACAAAGGUUUGACCUUAUAGGAUCAUUCUUCAGCUAAAGAAAAUCAUUGUCUGCAUAUAAAAAUAAAAUCAUGACAAAAGAUAGGCAUCACAUAAAAAAGAAGGGUGUGAUAUUCAUUUCUAGAAGUUCCUUGGAAUAUUCUAACAACUGGAAACGUGUCAUUAACGUUAUUGAUGUUUGCAGAAAGCUGGGAAUGGUAUUCAUAAAUUUUCUUGUUAAAACCCUAUUGUCAUUUUUUUUUUUUUCAGUGACAGGUACAGUUAAGUGACUUGAUAUAUUUUUACUUAGCUAGAAUAAUGGAGGUUGGAAGGCAAAGCAUGUUUGACAGUGUGCAACAAAGUGGAUCCAUUUUUUUCCUGUCAGCAUGAGAGUUUAAUUGAGUGCGAGAGCAGUGCUUCGUCAAACACACUGGUGUAAGUGGCAGCUAUGAUGUUGUUGCUAGGGUACAUCAAGGUAACCAACACUGCCAUUUUUCACCUCACAUUUGAUUGAAGAAAAUAAGUAACACCACAGACCUGUUCCCUAAAUAAACAUAUUAAAACAAUUAAUUACACUGUUUUGUUUUCAACUGUUCUUAUCUUUUAAACUUCAAAGAAGACGAUUGUAUUUAUCUUUCUUUUUCUUCCUGCUACAGGUAAUUUCCCACAAACUUUUAGCACUGGUAGUUGAUUAUAUUGUCUGCAGUGAUACCUCUCCAAGAUUUUUAAAAGAAAUAAAACACAACCCCACAUUUAAAAAACCCUGUCCAACUAAGACUAUAAGUGUAUACAUCAAUUAGGACAUUUGCCUAUUCAGAAAUGGUCCUGUAUUUUUACACAUUCUUUUCCAUUUGAAUGACAGAUCAACCUUUCCAUCAUCUAUUCCAGACUGAAAACUAGUUUGUACUUAUUUUCUGUGAUGUGUCAAACCUAUCAAAUUUUAAUGUAAUCCUUUUUAACUUGCAGUCAUUGUUUCUCUGAUUGGAAACUGAGGAUCAAUUUUCAGCUCCUCUUUGCAUGACAAAAAUGUUCUCUGUAUGACUCCAAAUGGAAGAUGUUUGCCAUGUACCACUUACUUACAUACAAAGAGAUUACUAAUUGUAUAGUGUGCUAAACUGAAGAAAUAGGUUUGACCAGGAUGGGAAACCACACCAUCUCAGAAAGAUUAAUUUAUUGUGUGUAAAUAAAAAAUAAUAGUUAUCACAAAUAGGACAUUAUUUCACAGGAUAAAGUAAUAGCGGUAAGAGGAAAAAAUAGAGACUGGAUCUCAAAGUCACCACCAGAUGGAAUUCUGGACUAUCGUUCUGAGGAUGUCAAUGUCUACAGCAAUACACUUUAUCAGUCACACCAAAACAAUGUGCAAGUUUCAUGUAUAUGUACUGAAAUCAUCCUGAGAUUGAAGACCAAUCAAACACUUAAUUCAAAAGAUCAGAAACUUUCUUAAGACUGGCACGUUUGUCUUCUAUUGUACUCCUUAACACAGAAUAUCUGCAUUUCCAUUAAUGAAUUUCAGGCUCAGCCGUAGACUGCCCUCUGGCAUUACAAUCUGUUGCAAUUGAAAUCUACUCCUUCGAGAGUUCUUUCAUUGUAUACAUUGCCUUCAGUGGUGAGUUCCUCUGAGGCCUGAUGAUUGGUGCACCACUGGGGAUUUGAGACAGGGAAGAUAAUCUUGUGGUUAUAAGUAAAAAUCUUUCUUUUUUUCAA